CUAAUCCUUAACUGCUUCCAGUAAAUAAAAAGCCCAGCAUUCGACAAUCAGUCCUCAUUCGCAAUUUUGUCCUCGUUCAGUAAGCAUUUAGCUGAAAAAUCAAUCCACAUUCCAAUCAAGACGUAAAACCUGCCAACAAAUCUGUCCCCCAUUCAAGUGAGCAACUGAAGAAGUGCAAGAACAGUAAAAUCCUAGUGAUCCCUGAUAAGAAGAGAACUUUUAAGUGUCCAUGAUGGAGAUCGGAAACGAAAUUGCCCCCAGACGCAGCAUUCACGCCAAGAAGAACAGCCAAGCAACAAGUUUCAACGACUACUAUCGACCAUCCUCCUCCCAAAAGAUGGAGAAGAGUUCGCCCCAAAUCCAACAACCCCUCGUCGUCGCGGCGGAGAAGGAGACAGGUCACCGACAGACUAACCCUUUCCUGAUUGCGGAGGUCCUCGAAACGAUUUUCCCCCACCUGGACCACGCCUCCCUAAAGACCUGCUGCGAAGUGUCCUCCCUCUGGUGCGUCAUGGCCACCCCUCUGCUCCGAUCUCGCUCCCAGAUCCACCUCGAAGGCCCCCUCCACGACGACCGAAGUGACGCCUUCCUCUCAACGCUCACCCCCACCGAAACCCUGCCCAUGUCCAGCCUCACCUACAACCUCCACCACACCUCGGCCCCCUUCCUGUCCGAAAGAGCGUCCAGUUUCUUCUCCACCUUCGGUCAUUCCCUCACCUCCCUCACCCUGCAAGCCUACGCCCUCCAAGACCCGGCCAAUUCCCUAGGCACGAACCACUUUUUCUCCGUCGUGUCCCACCUUGUGAGUCGUGACUGCCCCUCCUUGACCCACUUGACCUUGACCCACCUCCAACAUCUCGACUACGAAGACUCCCUCGACCCUGAAAUUGAAUCCCGACUGAGCUUCACAUCCCCUUCCAUCCGUCACUUGACCAUUUCCUUCGAAGGGAAAUCCUCCCUCGUCCGACCGAGACGCGCCUUGAACUGCAUGGCCGUUUUGAAAUCGCUCCUCACCAUCGCCCCCAACGCUACCACCCUGGACACCGACUUCUCCCUUUGUGGGGGUGAAACCUUCACCUACCUCCUCAUGACGCUGAGAGACGCCAAGAUUUCGCCCAAACUGACCAGCUUCUCUCUCACCGGGGGCCCACUCGACAAGGUGGCGAUGAGCGUGCUGAACUCCAUGACCUUCUCGAAACUCACCUCUUUCAAUAUGAACGCCCAAAUCACGACCCAAGUGCAGACCGAAUUUUUCCAGUUUUUAGCCAAGUUGAGCCCAACGCUGCAAAAGUUUGAAAUGGUUGGCGAUAAGUGGGGGAGAUUUGGGUUCCAGGGAAGAUUGGCGAGACAUGGGGAAGGAUUUGCACUGGAUUUCCCCCUCAUGCCGAAACUCAAAGUGUUUCAGUAUCAAAAUUAUGAAGGCUUGCGACUUGGGAGUGAAGACUUUUUGCAAAGAUUGCCAAAUUUGGGGGAGCUGGUGAUUCGCGACUUUCAGUCCUCGUUGGGAGAUAUGAUGCUGUGUCCGCAGCGCACCGUGUUCGGGGCUAUGUUCGGUCCAAGGAGUUACAGAAGGGGGGAAGUCACGGCGAAAACUCCUAACGUUCAUGUCAAGAAGGUCGUUCUUGAUGUGGUCUUUGUUCCCUCGUUUGAGAAUCAGGGCUCGAUGGAAAAGCUGUUAAAAAUGUUCCCAAACGUGGAAGAGUUGGAGCUGACUGUUAGUUUCGCAUACCAAAACGUGUACGUGGGUCAAGUUUUAGACACUUUGGCCAGGUCGAAGAUCAAGAAGCUCAAAAUCAAGUUUUUGCAGUGUGCUGAACUCAGAUCUGAGAGGGUGGAGGCGUCAUUCCAUUCCGCCUUGAUGAAUUGCUUGCCAAGAUUUUCUCAACUGCAACGGGUAGACUUUAUCCUGGACGACAUGCCCCCAAUGUCCAGAUUCACCUUGGCACUUUACACUGUCAAAGGGAUGUUAUGUACCGGGUUGUUGAGCGUCCUUAAUCUGACCGGAUUUUGCAUUGGGGAGGACCUCGACGAGACGGAAAUGUGUCGCCAGCUCUUAGACGACAAAUUGGCCCAGUGGAAAAUUAGUGAGAGUGUAAUGCCGCAUUCAAAUUUUAGUCAUUUCGAAUAUUAAUUACUUGGUUAUUCGAUUUUUGUCGUUUGCAAUGAGAAAUCAUGAUGUUAAUUUUAUUUUGGGCUGAAAAGUUGUGCAGAUUUUCAUAAUCGAGGAGUUUCUUAUUUGAGUUACA